GGAUGACAAAGGUUGAUCGCCAACUUGUUGAGGAUCUUUUUGCUGAUGGUCAUAUUCAAGUUUUGGUUUCAACGACUACUCUUGCUUGGGGUGUGAAUCUGCCAACUCAUUGUGUUAUUAUCAAGGGAACCCAAAUUUACAAUCCAGAGAAAGGAGCAUGGACUGAGUUGAGUCCUUUAGAUGUUAUGCAGAUGCUGGGUCGUGCAGGAAGACCACAAUUUGAUUCUGAGCGAACAGGAAUAAUCAUCACGGGACGUAGUGAAUUACAGUAUUAUCUUUCACUAAUGAACCAACAGCUACCAAUUGAAAGUUAGUUUGUGUCCAAAUUGGCCGAUCAAUUAAAUGCAGAAAUUGUUCUUGGAACGGUUCAAAAUGCCAGAGAAGCGUGUAAUUGGUUGGGAUAUACUUACUUGUACGUUCGUAUGCUAAGGAAUCCCACCCUCUAUGGACUAGCAGCUAAUGCUCCUACAAGGGAUAUAACAUUGGAAGAGAGGAGAGCUGAUUUGAUUCAUUCAGCUGCUACAAUUUUAGAUAAAAAUAAUCUAGUGAAGUAUGACCGGAAAAGUGGGUAUUUCCAAGUUACAGACUUGGGUCGCAUUGCUAGCUACUACUAUAUAACACAUGGAACAAUAUCCACUUACAAUGAGCAUUUGAAGCCAAUGAUGGGGGAUAUUGAACUAUGUCGUUUGUUCUCAUUGAGUGAAGAAUUUAAAUAAGUAACGGUGCGACAAGAUGAAAAAAUGGAAUUAGCAAAGCUGCUGGAACGUGUUCCAAUUCCUAUCAAGGAAAGCUUGGAGGAACCCAGUGCCAAGAUCAAUGUUUUGCUGCAAGCAUAUAUAUCUCAGUUAAAG